GUAAAUGAAGCCUUGGCACGCACAAGAGCUUAGAGCUGCGUGACAUGUACGAUGGCUCGUUCUUUAAGAGGUGAAGUACUGAACCUUUAUAAAAAUCUGCUGUACCUUGGAAAGGAGUAUCCCAAAGGAGCUGAUUACUUUAGGAGCCGGUUGAAAGCAGCUUUUCUAAAAAACAAAGAUGUGAAAGAUCCUGAAAAAAUAAAGGAGCUGAUCGCACGGGGGGAGUUUGUUAUAAAAGAGCUGGAGGCUUUGUACUUCCUCAGGAAAUACAGGGCUAUGAAAAAGCGCUACUACAGCGAUGACAAAGAGUAACUGCUGCAACCCUCCCUGUAACGAUACAAAGCCAUAAACGGUCAAUAAAGGAAAUGAAGCAUCACGAGAAA